AUGUCUCGCCCCCAAUGGCGGAGCCUUUUUCGGUCGCAAUGGACUUCAUCGCUCAGGAUAGCAUGGGUAGCUAGUCGUGUACCUUCGGCUCGCACUGCAUUCUCAACAUCGGCGCGCCAUGAGCUCAUGGAGAUGACCGGUUUCACCGAUGAGCAGCUCACUGUUCGAGAAGCCAUUUCUCAUAUUUGUUACAAGUUCCCCAACACUUAUUGGCAAGAGUGCGACCAGCAAGAGAAAGACCCUAAGGAGUUCCACGCAGCUCUGGCUAAAGAUGGCUGGCUAGGUAUCGCUUUACCCGAGUCUCUUGGAGGAGCAGGAUUAGGGGUUUCUGAGGCCACAAUGAUGAUGCAGACCAUCACGCAAUCUGGCGCAGGGAUGGCUGGUGCACAGGCCAUUCAUGCCAACGUCUACGCGACUCAACCGCUGGCCAAGUUCGGAACAAAAGAGCAGCUGGAGACAACGAUUCCUAAAAUUAUCAAUGGAACGUGGCGAACGUGUUUCGGAGUCACUGAACCCAACACGGGGCUCGAAACCCUCAAACUCAAGACCCUUGCAACUAGGACAGCGGAUGGAUAUUCCGUCUCGGGCCAGAAGAUCUGGAUCACUUGCGCACAGGUUGCUUCAAAGAUGAUCCUGCUAGCUAGAACCACUCCUCUGGAAGAGGUGAAGAAGUCAUCCGAAGGUCUUUCCAUGUUUUGCAUCGAUCUCAACCGUGAUCAGCCCGGCUUGGACAUGCGCAAGAUCAAGAAAAUGGGCGGACGCGCCGUGGACGCUAACGAGGUGUUCUUCGAUAACUAUCAGAUCCCGGCCAACGCGUUGAUCGGUCAAGAGAACCAGGGAUUCAAGAUCAUUUUGCACGGCAUGAACGCCGAGCGCUGUCUGUUGGCGGGUGAGGCCCUGGGUCUUGGGUAUGCCGCACUGGAAAAAGCGUCCCAAUAUGCCAAAGAUCGCGUGGUGUUUGGUCGGCCCAUUGGACAGAAUCAAGGUGUAGCACAUCCGCUGGCUGAUGCAUAUAUGAAGUUGGAAGCGGCGAAACUGGCCACAUAUCACGCUGCCCGGCUCUACGAUACAAAAAAUGGAUCAGUACCAUUUCAUGCCAUUGGCGUGGCCUGCAACAGUGCUAAAUACCUGGCCGCCGAGGCAGCCUUCACAGCCUGCGAGCGCGCCGUAUUGGCCCAUGGCGGAAUGGGCUAUGCGAUGGAAUAUGACGUGGAGCGGUAUCUGCGCGAAUGCCUUGUGCCUCGAAUAGCCCCAGUAAGUCGUGAGAUGAUUCUGAACUAUGUUAGCGAGAAGGUACUUGAGCUACCCAGAAGUUACUAG